GCCCCUCAUCGAUUGAAUCACAUGGGCAGUCAACUAUGCGCCUCUCGUCUUAACCAGCAAUCUCCUACGUCGCAUCAGAUCUAAGUAGCAUGCCCCCGAAACGAAGAGGCGGCGGAGCUCCCAAAGAGAAGAAAGGCCGACAAUCCAAACUCGCGAAAGAGAACAAUAUCACCGCGGAGGAAGAAAAUGAAAUAAAAGAAGCAUUCGGACUCUUUGCAGAUAAAAAUGAAGAGUUCAAAGAUGAGAAGGAAGGCGUAAUGCGCACGAAGGAUGUGCGACGAGCUCUUGUAGCACUGGGUCUUCCACCGGAUUCAUCGUCAGAACUCUCCUCCAUCGUCGCCGCAGUCGAUCCCACCUCUACCGGUUUCCUGACCUACGACGCUUUCGUUUCUGUAGCAGCCGCAAAAUUGCAUAUGCGUGGCGACGAUGCGCUUGACGCUGAAGUUGAUGCAGCGUAUCGUUUAUUUACACAGGGAUCCGAGGGACCUAUUACAUUAAAUCAUCUGCGGCGAAUAACGCGGGAUCUCAAGGAAGAUAAUGUUGGCGAUGAUUUGUUGAAGGAUAUGAUUCGGGAGGCGAAUGGGGGUGAUGUACUACAAAAGGGAGUGACCUUGGAGCAGUUUCGGGAUGUUAUGUCUAGAGCUGGUGUUUUCUAGGUUCGGUUUAUUUGUGGGACAUCUACUCGGUCUGUGAUAUCGGCGCCUCAAAAGGUCUGCUGUAUUCACAUACCCAAAUGGUUUGGGAUGGAUGGAGUUUCGGGUAUCUGUUUCUAUUCUAUUCACUGCUACCACAUCGUAGCAUUUCGUACGAAGCAUCGCUAUGUAUACAAGAUCUGACGUCUUUUGAAAUAUAUCUCAAUUCGAAGGACCAAACCCUGUCAUAUUCGUGAUGUGCACUCCUAUCAACUAGUGUACAAUCCUAGAAGCCCAAACGCCAGUUCUGUCAGAAAAUAUCCAUGCGUAUACUAGCAAAUCAUUGCAUAAGUGACUCAGUCGGCCUUUUAAAACCUUUGUCAUGAGGAACAUAUUCACUCGAUGAGGGAAAAAAAAAAGGGUAUCAAAUAAAAAAAAAAAUAAAAAAAAAAAUAAAAAAAAUUGGCAAUCAAGCCGCAAUCAUAUGGACACAAGGUAAUCUCUGCUUUACAUCAUCGAGCUCAAGGAUGGGGUUAGAUGUGUCUGACGAGCUUUGAGUCAGGCGAGCGGAUGAGAAUUCCGAGUCCAUGCUGAUAUCCGAAGUAUCAGAGCCAGGGGAUGAUGUCCGGAUUUUGACAAAGGCCGAGGUGUCAGGUUGCUUCUCGGGCCCUGGGUAUGGCUUUGAUGUCUGCUCAUUUCUCAUAACCAAGUUAUUCUCAGAGAGCUCACCGGAAACGUCAUUCCAGCUUGACUGCGGCUCGUCGACACACUCAUAAAAUAACAUGAAAACACCGCCUUGGUCAAAUACUGUUUGUUCACUAACCAAACGAACGUCUUCAUCACUGAGUCGGAACCAGUGAUGCUUCGCUUGCUUCUCAGUCUCCAUGUCCUCGGAGACGGUAGGGAAAUCCUGAGUCGAGAAUUUUCGGAAACAGAUAUAAUGCCCAUUCUCGUGUCUUCCGUAAUGCGCCAAAACAGCUUGUAACUCAUAUUUCCGGGGAGAAACUUCUCCCGCAUUUGGAAGCAUAGAAGUUUGUGAAUCUGUAUUCCAAACCUCUGGAGAAUCUGUCUCUUUCAUCACAUCCCGCGUACCAAGACACCACUCGCCGAGAUCAAGAGAACGGGGAAAUCUGACAUCUGCAUGGUUCUUCCGUAAAGCACCAGUUUCCUCGUCAAAAACACUCCGAUUAACAUGAAUCACCAAAUUCUUUGGAGCUCUCGCAAUAACCGCCUGACGAGAUUUCGUAACUGAUACCCUAUUCUUUGAGGGUAUAUGACAUUUCUUUGACAGAGCUUUUUCGGUAAAGUCUUCUUCAUCUAAAGCCUCUUGCACAGCUUGCAAACGAGAUUGAGCAGAACUCUUCAGACUCGACGCCACAGUCGCCGCCUGGGCCCCUUGUACAAUGUUGUCGUCUUCUUCAAUCUGCUUGAGAAGAUGAUUUAGCUGAUCUCGCAUACGUAGUAGUGUGCACUUUGCGCAUUCAACGCCCUCAAUAGUCUCCAAAGCCAUAUAAUCGUCAAGGCAGGCUCGGAUAUCGUACUCUCUGUUUUUGCCAAGAGAAACGGUCAAGCAGUUG